ACUGAGCUCAUAUCACUAGGCCUGUUCGUUUGUAUAUACCUGGGAAUAUCCGUACACUAGACUCGAUUUACCCCACAUUUCGCAGCUAUUUAAAAUUUUCAGAUUUUUCAGAUUUUUCAGAUAGAAUUUUCACUCUGAAAUUCACCCGAACUAUUUAUUAAACUUAUUCCUAUUACAAUGCCUAUUCCUGCUGCCCACGGUGGUGUAUUGAACGACUUGGUCAUUCGUGACGCUGGUAUCAGAGAUCAGUUAAUUCAGGAAGCUGCUGGGCUUUCUGCUUUGACUUUAACUGAUAGACAGCUCUGCGACUUGGAAUUGAUCUUGAACGGUGGAUUCUCUCCUUUGAAAGGUUUCUUGAACGAAGACGACUACAAGUCGGUGGUUUCUGACUUGAGAUUAUCUUCCGUAACCGACAAGAAAUCCGGCAAGGGUUUGUUGUGGCCAAUUCCUAUCACAUUGGACGUUUCUCCAGAGACCGCUGCUCAGUACAAGGUUGGUGAUAGAAUCGUGUUGAAAGACUUGAGAGACGAAACAAAUCUCGCUAUUUUGACCAUUGAAUCGAUCUAUAAGCCCGAUAAGAAGCUCGAAGCAGAAAGUGUCUUCAGAGGUGACCCAGAACACCCAGCCAUCAGAUAUUUGAACGAAACUGCUGGCGACGUCUACAUUGGUGGUUCUCUCCAGGGUUUGAACUACCCAAGACACUAUGACUAUGUCGAAUCGAGAAAGACUCCUACUGAACUCAGAGCUGAGUUCCAGAAGUUGGGCUGGGACGACCAGAACAUCGUUGCUUUCCAAACUAGAAACCCUAUGCACAGAGCUCACAGAGAAUUGACCAUUAGAGCUGCUAAGGAUAUCGGUGAAACUGGCCACAUCUUGAUCCACCCAGUUGUUGGUUUGACCAAGCCAGGUGAUAUUGACCACCACACCAGAGUCAAGGUGUACACCCAAAUCUUGAAGAAGUUCCCUGAUGGUUUGGCCACAUUGUCACUCUUGCCUCUUGCCAUGAGAAUGGGUGGAGAUAGAGAAGCCUUGUGGCACGCUUUGAUCAGAACCAACUACGGUGUUGACCACUUCAUUGUCGGUAGAGAUCAUGCUGGUCCCGGUAAGAACUCGCAGGGUGUCGACUUCUACGGUCCUUACGAUGCCCAAGAGUUGUUAGCCAACUACGAAGAUGAGUUGACUAUCAAGAUCGUUCCUUUCAGAAUGGUCACUUACUUGCCAGAAGAGGACAGAUACGCUCCUAUUGACACAAUUGACACCUCCAAGGUGAAAACGGCCAACAUUUCUGGUACUGAGUUGAGAAACAGAUUGAAGACUGGUGACCAUAUUCCUGAAUGGUUCUCGUAUCCAGAAGUAGUCAAGAUCUUGAGAGAAACCAACCCUCCUAGAGCCAAGCAGGGUUUUGCAAUCCUCAUUGACAACUCCAGCAAGAACGGUGACUACCUUGCAUUCGCCUUGCAAUCCACCUUGAACCAGUUCUCCGGUGAACGUCGUAUCACCAAGUUGAGCUCGACUCACGUCGAUGACUUCAUCAUCAAUGAGUUGGUCAAGGCUGGUUCCGGAGUUCUCAUUCCAACCACUACUGGAGUCGACUCCAUUGUCAAGUCUAUUGGAAAGGGUAACGUCUUGACUGUCAAGUCUGGCAAAGAUGCCCAAAUUGAGCAAGGUGAAUUUGCUUUGAACGGGAGCGAUUUGUCCGUCGUCAUCAAGGAAAUCGUUGAGUACUUGCACCAACAAGGUUUCUACUAAGUUUCUUUAUAUUCUUGAACAUACUUUUGGGGUUUAAAAUAUCUUCACUUCGCAGCAUUUAUAAACGUUUAGCUAGACAAUACAGUUGCAAUGGCAAUAUCGAUAAUU